AUGUCGGAUGGUGUAAGAGGUCCGUGCAGUAAUCCUAUUGACAGGAGGGAGGCCCUGUCGGUGACCUGGCCGGUGACUCGACCGGUGACCUGGCGGGACUUGGACGAUGACCUUGCCGGUGACCUGGUCGAUGACCUGCCUGGUGACUGGACCGGUAACCUGGCUGGUGACCUGGUUGGUGACCUAGCGGGUGACCUGGUCGGUGACCUUGCCGGUGACCUGGUCGAUGACCUGCCUGGUGACUGGACCGGUAACCUGGCUGGUGACCUGGUUGGUGACCUAGCGGGUGACUUGGUCGGUGACCUUGCCGGUGACCUGGUCGGUGACCUGCCUGGUGACUGGACCGGUAACCUGGCUGGUGACCUGGUUGGUGACCUAGCGGGUGACCUGGUCGGUGACCUUGCCGGUGACCUGGUCGAUGACCUGCCUGGUGACUGGACCGGUAACCUGGCUGGUGACCUGGUUGGUGACCUAGCGGGUGACUUGGUCGGUGACCUUGCCGGUGACCUGGUCGGUGACCUGCCUGGUGACUGGACCGGUAACCUGGCUGGUGACCUGGUUGUUGACCUAGCGGGUGACCUUGUCGGUGACCUUGCCGGUGACCUGGUCGAUGACCUGCCUGGUGACUGGACCGGUAACCUGGCUGGUGACCUGGUUGGUGACCUAGCGGGUGACUUGGUCGGUGACCUUGCCGGUGACCUGGUCGAUGACCUGCCUGGUGACUGGACCGGUAACCUGGCUGGUGACCUGGUUGGUGACCUAGCGGGUGACCUGGUUGGUGACCUAGCGGGUGACCUGGUCGGUGACCUGGCUGGUUAUCUGGCCGGUGAUCUGGCCGGUGACUGGGCCGGUGAUCUAGCGGGUGACCUGGCCGGUGACUGGGCUGGUGACCUAGCUGGUGACCUGACCGAUGACUUGGCCGCUCUACUGCUGCGAGUCUACCAUGCCGUGUCGCUGUCCGUCCACGUCCCGAGUGUGGCCAACACGCUGUGCGAGUUCAACACCGGCAUUUCCGUGCACCACACUAAAACAUGA